ACGCGCGUGGCGAGACUUGUUGUAGACUUGUAGUACCUACAGUACCGUAUUACCGUCAUGGUUUAAGUAAAUUUAAAAUUUUUAAAUCGUGAGCGUAACUCGUAAGUACUAUAGGCAAUAAGCAUAAGCAUAACAAUAUACCACUAUAAGAUAGUUUGUAUAGAUUGUUACUAUAAAUUUAUAUUUUUAAUAAUGCAUAAGGAUUAAAGAAAUAUACCACAAUAUACACUAUUAUUAUAGUAGAGCAUUAAAACAAACAACGAUAUUUCAACUUUUGGAUUUCAAUCAAUUUUGCGAUUAAUGUUAUGACAAAAUGAAUGAAUCACCGGAAACCGUACUUAUAAAACCAAAUCACGAUACCGACGCAGGCACUGCGAAAGAAACUGUUUUAAACGAAAUUGGAAAACGGUCAUUGGAUGAAUCGGAGGAUGUUUGUGAAAGCAACCAUAAAAUAUGUAAGCUUGAAGAGGAAAAAAAUGCUGGCCAGUCUACUCUGUCUAAAAGGCAACUAAAAAAGAUUCAAAAGGAACAGAUAUGGAUGGAAAAAAAAGCAAUACGAAAAGAAUUAAAUAAAGAAAAAAAAGUAGAAAAGAAAAAAUUGAAAGCCCAAAUGCGAGAGUUAGGAGUAGAAGUAUCAAAAGUAAAGAGAAAUAAAAUGGCAGAUAGUACAUGUAAACAACGUAUUGUCUUAGACAUGUCGUACGAUAACUUAAUGUCUGAUAAGGAUUUAUGCAAGUGUUCAAAUCAAAUAUUGAGGUGUUAUGGUCUGAAUCGUAGAAUGGAUAAUCCUAUGCAAUUACAUAUAUGCAGUUAUGAAGGAAAAAUCAAAGAGAUCAUGGCUAAACACAAUGGUUCUGAGUUUUGGGAUUUAAAAUACUUAGAAGAUUCAUUUGAUAAAGUGUUCCAGAAAGAAGAAAUUGUUUAUUUAACCAGUGAUAGUAUGAAUGUUUUAGAAAGUAUAGAUGAAAACAAAGUGUACAUAAUUGGUGGUCUUGUUGAUCAUAAUUCUUGCAAAGGAGCAAGUCUAAAAAUAGCAAAUGAUCUAGGUAUAGCUCAUGCUCGAUUACCUAUUGAUGAACAUAUCAACAUGCAAACUAGAAAAAUCCUAACUAUUAAUCAUGUUUUUGAAAUAAUAUCAAAAGUGGUGUCUGGUAUAUCUUGGAAAGAAGCAUUGAUUAGUACAUUGCCGAAAAGAAAAAUGUUUUCAGUCAUAGACGAAGAGGACCUUCUGGAAUAUGAUAAUUGUUCUAUAGAUUAUAAAUCAAAACUAGAAAUUGAAUGUCCAGAGGUAGAAAAAAAUGAAAAUUUAGUAGAAGAAAAUGUUUCACUUGAAAAUUAAAUAAAUAUUUUAUUUUAAA